AUGUUGAAAAAGUCAUUCAAAAUAAGAGCAAGAACCGGAGGAAUCAGGCGAAAAAUAUCAAAAGAACAUGCUAGAAUUAUGUCUUCUAAUUCUACCAAUACACGACAAAAAGAUUUAGGCGAAGUAAGUUGUGACAAUAAAAAAGAAGGUUCCGUAGGUCAAGUAGGAUCUGAAAAUAAACAGGAUACGACAUUCUCGUGUUUACAAAAAAAUAUUGUGAAUGAGAAUACUCAACAAAAUCGUGUUCAUUCUAGUCCACUUUAUUUUUCUGAAAAUGAUAGACCUCAGAGCUCCGAAGAAAGUGAAGAUGACAGUGAUAUUGAUAAAUAUGUAAAAUGUUCUUCAUUUCGUGAAAAUAUAAGAAGAUGGGCAAUCGAAAAGAAUAUUAAUCAGACAGCGUUAAAAGAUCUCGCGAAAAUUAUGAAUGGAUUAAUUCCGAAAAUAUUACCUAUGGAUCCAAGGACCAUUGUAAAAACACCUAUAAUUGCCAAUAUAAAAAAAAUUGAAGGAGGCGAAUAUUGGCAUAAUGGAAUCACUCACAAUUUAAUAUUGCUGUUGGAAAACUGGACAGAUGUACCUGAUAGCAUAUCUUUAAAUUUAAAUUUUGACGGUUUGCCAAUUUUUAAAAGCUCGAAGAAUGAAUUUUGGCCAAUACUGUGCAACAUUUCUGAAAAUACUAACAUUAAACCUUUAGUAAUUGGGAUAUAUUAUGGAAUUGGAAAACCUAAAAAUUUAACAACUUAUUUAGAAGAUUUUAUCGCUGAAGUUAAUCAUUUAUUAGAUGAGGGAAUCACACUAUCGCAAAAUUGUGAAAAGAAAAUUACAAUAAAGAUCAGAUGUUUUGUUUGUGACUCACCUGCUAGAGCUUUCAUAAAAGGUGUUUGUAACUUCAAUGGAAAACACGGCUGCAUGAAGUGUGUUACUGUUGGUGAAUAUUCUCACAAUUCACACACAGUUACUUUUCCGGAUACAAUUUGUUCCGAGAGAACAAAUGAUGGUUUCCGAAAUAAGCUUUAUGGGGCGCAUCAUAAGAAUGAUUCUCCAUUGCUAAAUCUUCCAAUAGAUAUGGUUAAGGAUUUUCCAGUAGGUGAUUCAUUGCAUUUAAUUGAUCUAGGAAUUAUGAAGAGGCUACUAGUUGGAUGGCGUGAUGGUAAUUUCGUGCGAGGUCUGGAGCAUCUGGCGUUUUGGAAAGGAUCUGAAUAUAGAACUUUUUUGUUCUAUCUCAGUAUUAUUAUACUGCCAGAUGUACUUACAAGCGACGUAUGUGCACACUUUCUGAAGUUGUACUGUGGUGUUACAAUUUGUUCAACUGAACGUCUUCUGUAUUUGCUGCCAUUAGCUAAAGAAAUACUAGAGGAUUUUGUCAAGCAUUACAAAGACUUUUAUGGAGCGGACUACGUUACAAGUAACGUUCACAAUUUAAUACACAUCACUGCAGAGGUUGAACGAUUUGGACCGUUACACUCUUUCAGUGCUUAUCCAUUUGAGAAUGAGCUAUACAGUAUCAAACGAUUACUAAGAAAUGGAAAAAAUCCGCUAUCACAAAUAGCAAACAGAAUAAUUGAAGCCACGACAGAGUUUAGUAUUCUAAAUCCUGAGUUGAGUGAAAAACUGGAUUAUCCGUUUCUAAAGGCAAAUAAGAAUGAUCGUAGAGUACUUCAUUUAAAACAAUAUGCAGUUUCCUCAAAAACAAAAGACAGAUAUGUAUUGACAACAGUUAACGACAUAGUCGAAAUAAAUAAUAUAGUUGAAGGACCUACUGGAAUUCGUAUAAAAGGCAUAAAAAUGAGUAAUAAAGAUGAUGUAUUUACGUAUCCCAUAAAAUCUUCACAUUUACACAUUUACAAAGUAAAAAAUUAUGGUAGUAAUUCUGAUAUUGUCCUUGAUCCUAAAGAUCUACUAUGUAAAUUAGUAUGUUUGCAUCAUCGUGAAUACUUAUACUUCAUACCAUUAUUGCAUACGUACCAAUAAAAAACUUUAUCAUAAUUACUUAAGUUUUCUAUUUUAAAUUAUUUAAAUAACAAAUAUUUUACAGUUAUCGUCACCUUCUAAGUACGAAAAAGUAGGUGGACCUAUCA